AUGGAUCCAUAUUAUUCUUCGUCAACACCAUAUUACUAUCAGUCAACAUGUCCUUUACAUGAUUCAUCAUCAUCAUCAUAUUUAUCUGAUUCUUAUGUUGAUCCUUAUUCAUCAUAUCCCUGUCAAUCAACGCCAUAUUAUUAUCCAUUAUAUAAUGAUCAAACAACAUCACCAAUGGUUUUUUAUAAUAAUUCAACAACAAAUAUCCACGCUCAACCAACAUAUACAAUACCACAAACAAAUGUUCAAGUUUCACCAACGAAUAUUCAAGGUAAUCACCGAACACAAUCAUUGAAUACAACAUUUGAAUUAGCUCCACCAACAGGUCGUCGUCGUCGUCAGCGAACUAUUUUUUCUAAAGAUCAAGUUGAUAUACUCGAUCAAGUGUUUGAAAGAAAUCAAUAUCCUGAUAUACAACUUCGUGAACAACUUUCUGAACGACUUGAUGUUCCCGAAGCUCGCAUUCAAGUUUGGUUCAAAAAUCGUCGCAGUCGUGCUCGAACAACAACAACAAAAUCCUAA